AUGGGUUUGUCUCUGCAGAGCCUGGGCUUGUCCUUGCUCAUUCUUCUUGCUUUCUCUGGCCAGGCCCAUGCCUUUGGUGCUGGUAAUAUCGCUUCUCUGUCAAAGAUCGAGGGGCAGAAUUGGCGUCAUGGUGAUAUUGAAGAUACCCUUCUGAGUCUCGUCCUUGCCCGUGUUGCUGGUGGCCGCAAGUUUGGCAAGCUUGAUGUCAAGCGUGUUUACUUUGGUAACUGGCUUCGUGAUUACAGUCAGGCUGUUGAUGUGGGCACUGUCAAGUAUGUCAGCGCCGAGGCCAUUCGAAUUCUUAUCUGGGUCUUGGGUUUCAUGAGCUUUGGCUAUGGCACCCGCGAGUUCGAAGUCACAACCGAGCGACUGGGCUGUUACCAACCCACCGAACACAUCGAUAACCCCCAAGGAUAUGCCGAAGGUGAUGAUGCCAGACGCUACGAUCGUCGCCUCCGUGGACCAAUCGACGAACGCCGUGAACUCUCCAUUGACGAACGCACCGGUUUGAAGAACUACAUCGCCUCCGAGGACAUGGGUAUCGACACCUCGGCCGAGCUAAUUCGCCGCGUUCUGGGCAAAUCGAUCCAGCUGGGUCGUCGUUAUGCUCGCUCUGGCAAUGAUGAAGAUUUCCACGAGGCUCUUCGCUUGCUGGGGACCGGUCUGCACUGCCUGGAGGACUACGCUGCGCACUCGAACUAUACCGAACUGAGUCUUCUUGAGCUCGGUGAACGAGAUGUCUUCCCCACGUUGGUUGAGAUCCGUGGUGCUCGCAACCCCGUUUAUCCCAUUGUGACCGGUACUUUCGGCGGUGUGGACUUCUUCCACUCCGUGCUCGGUGAGCUGUCGGAUAAGACCAAGCAGUCGGAAAUUCAAUCCUUGGAAGGUGUCAUCUCUGACUCACAGGGUGAUAGCCCCAGCCUGCUGCAGGACCUGCUUAGCAAGAUUCCGAGCGGACUGAUUGGCGACACCGAUGACCAAGCUGGCAAAAUGGAUGAUUUUAAGGCCAAGGCCGACGAUCAGCGACAGAACAAUCAAAACGUCAGCCCUCGUGAGCCGGAGGAAUGGACCCGCUAUCUUGACAAUGUUCAUAAGCAAAUCUACCCUGUUCUCGAAUGGCACGACCAGCUGCUGAAGAGCAUCAAUGAGGCGAUUGAGAAGAUCCCCGUGCUCCCAGACCUCAUCGAACAAGUCCAGGAUCAAAUCACUGUCUUCGUCUUCUCCGUGCUUGCACCCUAUGUCCUCCCCAUCAUCAAACAAGUCAAGGCCGAGCUGGAGACCGGAUCUUCCGAAGUCAUCCAGAGCAGUCGGGAGCAGCAACACAUCGUCUUCAACAACGAUUCCUCUUCCAACCCCACCCACUCCAUGCUCUCCAAGGACCACUUCUCCAAUAUCCUCAACGAGCCCGCCGGCCGAAUUGCGUCUAGCGUGGUGAAGUGGGCCGUUCCCCAGCUCAUGAAGUGCUGGGAUGACGAGAAUGCCGACGUCGAUCGCACCUUGACGAGAAUCAUCACCGGAGUCUUCCACCACCCCGCUCUCCGCGAAUACGGAGACGACGGCGCCAACGAAAUGCGUCAAAUCAUGUUCUCCACGGUGGAGCAGUGGUGGGGUGAGCACAGCGAAAGAGAGCAAGACUCUCUCCGCGACCAAUUGAGCCGAGACGGUGUCCUCCACGGCCGAAACCACAAGGAAGGCGUGGAAGAUUGCGGACACGGCUGCGGCAAGCCACUUACCUUGCCAACCGGCAAGAAGCAAUCUGGCGGCGGCGGCUACAGCCAGGGUCAGAGCCAGGGCCGCCAAUCCAAGAACGAUUCCGGUCUGGAGAAGAUUGCCUCCGAGGCAUUGGGAGGCGGUGCCCUUGGUGGCCUUGUGGGUGGCCUUGUCGGUGGAAUGGGAUCUAUGAUUCUCGAGGGCGGUUCGGGCUCGGACGAGCGAAAGAGCAGCCCUAAGCCUCGCAGGGACGACUCCGGUGACAGUGAUGAGGAUCGUCAGCGUCGCCAUCAUAAUAAGCCCCAGCGUCAUCAGUCUCCUAGACGCGAGGAGCGUCAUGAGCAGCAGUACGGCGAGGCACCAUCACGCUAUGGACGUUCUGAGUACCAAGGCGAAACUCAAACUCACUAUGGUGAGCAGCCUAGUCGUGAUGAUUAUUCUUCGCGUCGUCCGGAGACUGGCGGGUAUCAGAGUGAGGCCCCGUCCUAUGGUGGUGCUUCUUACAGUGGUGGUGGUGCUUCCUACAGCGGUGGUGAUGCUUCCUACGGCGGCAGUGGUGCUUCCUACGGCGGUGGUGGUGCUUCCUACGGCGGUGGUGGUGCUUCCUACGGCGGCGGUGGUGCUUCCUAUGGUGGUGGUGAUACCUACGGCGCUUCCGGGGGUGCUUCCUACGGCGCUUCUGGACGCGACUCCUACGAGCAACCCGUGCGUCGCAAUGAUUACCCUCCAGCCCCUCAAAAUUACCACCGCGAGGAAUACCACCAGUCUGCAUCCGGUAACAGCAGCUACUACCAGGAGGAAAGCCGACAGACUUACGGAGAUACUCGCACCGAAUAUCAGCGUACCGAGACACGCCAUGAGUACUCGUCCCCUCAAACGACCUACGAGUCCGUGCAGCAAAGUUCCUACAGCCGUGGAGGAUAUGAGCAGGAUUCAUCGUCCGGCUAUGGACAGGGACAGCGCGGCAACGAUGAAUACGGAAGACCCGCUUAUCAGUCCCAGCAAGAGGGCUACGGCGGCGGUCGUGGAGGCGUCGAUAUCGUGGAGCGCCGACCCCGAGGAUCCGGCUCUCGCUCUCGCUCUCGCAGCCGUAGUGGCUCUCGCAACCGUCACCACCGUCACCACCACCACCGCCGUGGCUCUGGCUCUGGAUCGGAUUAA